AUGGAAGAAAAAGAAGGAGAGAGACAGAGAAGUAAAAAGCCGAGAAAUAAAGAAGCAGAGAAGAAGAGAAGCAGAGAAGAAGAGAAGCAGAGAAGAAGAGAAGCAGAGAAGAAGAGAAGUAGAGAAGAAAAAGAAGAAAAAGAAGAAGGGGAAGAAGAGAGGCAGAGAAGAAGGGAAGCAGAGAGGAAGGAAAGAAAGAGAAGAAAAAGAAGAAGGGGAAGAAGAGAAGCAGAGAAGAAGGGAUGCAGAGAAGAAGAGAAGCAGAGAAGAAGAGAAGCAGAGAAGAAGAGAAGCAGAGAAGAAGAGAAGCAGAGAAGAAAAAGAAGAAGGGGAAGAAGAGAAGCAGAGAAGAAGGGAAGCAGAGAAGAAGAGGAGAAAGAGAAGAAAAAGAAGAAGGGGAAGAAGAGAAGCAGAGAAGAAGAGAAGCGGAGAAGAAGAGAAGCAGAGAAGAAGAGAAGCAGAGAAGAAGAGAAGCAGAGAAGAAGAGAAGCAGAGAAGAAGAGAAGCAGAGAAGAAGAGAAGAAGAGAAGCAAGAAGGAAGAAGCAGAGAAGAAGAGAAGCAGAGAAGAAGAGAAGCAGAGAAGAAGGGAAGCAGAGAAGAAGAGGAGAAAAGAAGAAAAAGAAGAAGGGGAAGAAGAGAAGCAGAGAAGAAGAGAAGCGGAGAAGAAGAGAAGCAGAGAAGAAGAGAAGCAGAGAAGAAGAGAAGAAAGAGAAGAAGAAGAAGAAGGAGAAGAAGAAGAAGGAGAAGAUGAAAAUAAGAAGAACACACUGUUAUCGUGUAUAGAGAUUUGUAUGUCAGGUUAUCAGUUACAAUCUCUAACCUAAAUAUUACUAAAAGAAACUUGGAACUUCGAAAAACAUUCAAUUUAACAAAGAAAUUCAAUUGAUAUGAGCAGAAACUACUAGUAUAGGCUUUGCUUGUGCUUUCACUUCCAUCUGUUGUGUCUGUCGAACAUAAACUGCUAGUUAUAUUUUUGGCGUGCUAAUAAAGAUUCGUCAAACAAACUUUUAACUUUCCUUUAAACUCCUCUUUAUAUGGAUUCAACAAAUCAAAUUUUCUUUUGCAAAUAAUAUUCAUGAUUGAAUCCUUUAUUUUUAAACUGCUGAUACACAUACUUAUUCUUUUUAAUAAUGGAUUGAGGUUUCUAGAAGAUUUUCUUUGCUACCUAAACAAGUCAUGUUGUCAUUUUAAUGAACCAAAAAACGUUCCAUACAUAGUCGCAGAAUGAUUAUUUUCUGACAAGCUACAGGA